AUGGUGCCGUUGGGGCACUUAGCCAAAGGGGCCACUUUGGAAGAUCUUCUUGAAACCUGCAUUCAGUCUUUUGAUCUAGAAGGAAACGCAUAUCAAAACAACCAGCUGCUAAAGAUAAUUCUGGCCAUGCAUCAGUUUGUCAUUUCAUCUGCAGACAUGCUCCAGAAACUCAUUGAUCUCUAUCUUAAUGCUUUAGAAAAUAAAUCUUCCAUGCUGUGUGUAAAGAUAUGCUAUUUUGUGAGGUAUUGGAUUACGGAGUUCUGGGUUAUGUUCAAAAUGGAUUCUAAACUGUCCACAACUAUGGAGGAAUUUCAAGAACUGGUUAAAGCUAAUGGUGAGGAGUUACACUGUCGUCUAAUUGACACAACUCAAAUAAAUUCUAGGGAUUGGUCUAGAAAGCUGACACAGCGUGUAAAGGCCAACAGCAGCAAGAAACGGAAAGUCUCGCUUCUUUUUGAUCACCUUGAGCCAGAGGAGCUGUCAGACCACCUUACCUAUCUUGAAUUUAAGUCUUUCAGAAGAAUAUCAUUCUCAGAUUAUCAGAACUACAUUGUGAAUAGUAAUGUGAAGGAGAAUCCAACAAUGGAAAGAUCAAUUGCUCUUUGCAAUGGUAUCUCUCAGUGGGUGCAGCUAAUGGUUCUCAGCAGACCAACGCCACAGCUUAGGGCUGAAGUGUUCAUCAAGUUCAUUCACGUUGCACAGAAGCUCCACCAGUUGCAGAAUUUCAAUACAUUAAUGGCAGUGAUAGGAGGUCUCUGUCACAGUUCCAUUUCCAGACUCAAGGAAACAAGCUCGUGUGUUCCUCAUGAUGUAAUUAAGGUGUUUAAUGAAAUGACAGAACUGCUUUCAUCUUACAGAAAUUAUGAUAGUUACCGACGUGCCUAUAACGAGUGCAGUAACUUUAAGAUCCCAAUCCUUGGAGUCCACCUGAAAGACUUGAUAUCACUUUAUGAGGGCAUGCCAGACUACUUGGAGGAUAAAAAAAUUAACAUAUACAAACUGUUCUCUCUGUAUAACCACAUAAAUGAGCUGAUACAACUCCAGGAAAUGCCGCUUCCCCUGGAGGCUAAUAUGGACCUUGUUCAUUUGCUUACAUUGUCCCUUGAUCUUUACUACACAGAAGAUGAAAUUUAUGAGCUUUCAUAUGCACGAGAGCCACGAAGUCACCGAGCUGCACCUUUGACACCUUCCAGACCACCAGUAGUUGCAGACUGGGCCUCAGGAGUCGCCCCAAAACCUGAUCCAAAAACCAUCAGCAAACACGUUCAGAGGAUGGUAGAUUCUGUCUUCAAAAAUUAUGACCAUGAUCAGGAUGGAUACAUUUCCCAGGAAGAAUUUGAAAAGAUAGCUGCCAGUUUUCCAUUCUCAUUUUGUGUAAUGGCUAAGGACUCGGAAGGUCUGAUUAGCAGGGAUGAAAUAACAGCUUACUUUAUGAGGGCUAGCUCAAUCUAUUCCAAAUUAGGACUUGGCUUUGCUCACAACUUCCAAGAGACCACUUACUUAAGGCCUACUUUCUGCGACAACUGUGCUGGAUUUCUAUGGGGAGUCAUUAAACAAGGAUACAGAUGCAAAGACUGUGGAAUGAACUGUCACAAGCAAUGCAAAGACUUGGUUGUGAUAGAGUGCAAGAGAAGACCCAAAACUUCAGUUGCAGACAGCAGCCCAACAUCUGCUUUUGCUUCAAGCCUUUGCCCAGUAGGAGUCAAAGGACUCAACUUACCAUGUAUAUAUUCUGCAGGACAAGAAGAAGGACCAUUCCCAUUUCCUAAUGGAGAAGUAGUGGAACACCAUGAAGACAGCAAGGACCGAACCAUUAUGCUCAUGGGUUCCUCAGCUCAGAAAAUCUCAGUGAGACUGAAACCAGCUGUGGUUCAUAAAGGUACACAGACUGAUUCUGUGCUGCUGGCUGACGUAUCUCGUAGGCAGACACAGAAGAAAGAACAUAGGACGCCAGAAAAUCAUCUCCAGGCAGCUCCACCAUCCCUAUUUCCAAGCCCAAUUCUAGGCCGCAGAAAGGCAUAUGUUAAAUGGGAGAACAAGGACUCCAGCCAGAAAAUGAAGGAGGAACCUCACAGCUGUAAACCCUCAUACCGGGAACUUGAGCAG